UACCGGGACGCCACGGUGCAGCGCAGCUUCGCACAGCUCGGCAUCGUGCUGUACCCCUCGGCCGCCGGGAGCUGCAGACUUGCCGUGCCCUUGGGCUCGCACCGUCCCACCGAUCGAGGGCUGCGCUGCUGAGGCUAGCGAGAGAGUGAGAAGAGCAGUGUGAGGAGGCAGGCAGGUCGCGGAGCGUGGGCUCUUAGAAGUGAGAAUAAAGUGAGGCGGACGAAACAGCGGCUGCCCUCCUGCUCCGCAGAAGUGAGGAGGCACUUCGGAAGGCAGCAUGACGGCGUGGCUGAGCUUCCUCGUCGUGUUCCUCUGCAGCUGGAGCCUGCGUGACUUGGUGGUGGAGGCUUGCACUUGUGUCCCCAUCCACCCGCAGGACGCUUUCUGCAACUCCGACAUCGUGAUCCGAGCUAAAGUUGUGGGGAAGAAGCUGAUGAAAGAUGGACCCUUUGGAACGAUGCGAUACACAGUGAAGCAGAUGAAGAUGUACAGGGGCUUCCAGAUAAUGCCACAUGUUCAGUACAUCUACACAGAAGCUUCUGAGAGUCUUUGUGGAGUCAAGCUGGAAGUCAACAAAUACCAAUACCUGAUUACAGGCCGUGUGUAUGAAGGGAAGGUUUACACUGGCCUGUGCAACUGGUAUGAGAAAUGGGACCGGCUGACUCUGUCCCAGCGUAAAGGAUUGAACCAUCGCUAUCAUCUGGGCUGUGGGUGCAAGAUCAGGCCCUGCUACUAUUUGCCCUGCUUUGCAACCUCCAAGAAUGAGUGUAUUUGGACAGACAUGCUCUCCAACUUUGGCCACUCAGGAUACCAAGCAAAGCACUAUGCCUGCAUCCAGAGGGUGGAAGGUUACUGCAGCUGGUACAGAGGAUGGGCACCUCCAGAUAAAACGAUAAUCAAUGCCACAGAUCCCUGAGCAUGCUCUCCCUUCCUUAUCUCCCCUCUCCCUUACUUGUGGCUGGUCUUCCUUCAGACACCAACUCUUCCCAGAUCCUGAUGAUGACAAUGAAAUUAGUGCCUGUUUUCAUGCAAAUUUUAGCACUUCGAACACUUAAAGAAAAUGGAGAGGGAAAAAAAACAAAAAAGAAAGAAAACCCAAGUCUGUGCUACCUUACUGAAUUUGUAAUCACCUUUUCCAUUUUUUUUUGAUACCACUCAUUUUGAUCAGACAACAUUUGGGAGCUUACUUUUGCACACCAGAGGGAAAAAUGGGAGGCAGGGAAAGAAAAAAGAAAGAAAGAAAGAAAAAGAAGAAAGCUGGAGCUCUUGCUCUCUUACA